UCUGCCUCUUCCCUCGCACUCCUCCCGGGAGGACACACUCUCCAUCCUCGGCUCCGGGCACUCACACCAGCUAGUGCCACCUUAACAACACCCGGUGCUCUGCGGACAGCGGUCACAUGACACUGCGCCGCCAUUUUGUCUUAGGAGUGAAGUGUGAGGUAAAAAGAGAGAAGAAGGGAGAGAAACCGGAAAGGAAGAGAGGGCAGGAAGAUACGGAGCCGUGUGAGGGCAAGGACUCCUGCUGCUGCCAUUCCGUCUGUCAAGACCACCUGUCAGGGCAGCCUCCGGGCACGGUGACCCAGAAGCGGGUGAGCUGAGAACGGAGGAGCCGGCAGUGACGGGAUCCCUGAGUCUGUAGGCCCGGAGUGUCAGCGCGGAGAAUGUCGGGUCAGUCCAUCACAGACCGGAUCACGGCGGCCCAGCACAGCGUCACCGGCUCGGCCCUGGCGAAAGCCGUGUGCAAGGCGACCACCCAUGAGGUGAUGGGGCCCAAGAAGAAGCACCUAGACUAUCUUAUCCAAUGUACAAACGAAAUGAAUGUUAACAUCCCGCAGCUCGCUGACACCCUCUUUGAACGCACUGCUAAUGGUAGCUGGGUUGUAGUAUUCAAAGCCCUUAUCACAACACAUCACCUUAUGAUGUACGGUAAUGAGCGAUUCAUCCAAUAUCUUGCUUCCAGAAAUACGUUGUUCAAUCUCAACAACUUUUUGGAUAAAGGUGCUAUGCAAGGCUAUGAUAUGUCAACCUUCAUUAGGCGCUACAGCAGAUACUUGAAUGAAAAAGCACUUUCCUACAGGCUUGUGGCGGUGGACUUCACCAAAAUGAAGAGAGGGAUAGACGGUGUGAUGAGGACGAUGGCGACAGAAAAGUUAUUGAAAACUCUUCCUAUCAUUCAGAAUCAGCUAGACGCUCUGCUAGAUUUUGAUGCAAACCCAAAUGAAUUAACUAAUGGUGUUAUAAAUACUGGUUUCAUGCUGCUAUUCAAAGACUCCAUUCGAUUAUUCGCUGCCUACAAUGAAGGAGUUAUUAAUUUGUUAGAAAAAUACUUUGAUAUGAAGAAGAACCAGUGUAAAGAAGCCUUGGAUAUCUAUAAGAAAUUUCUUGCUCGGAUGACCAAAUUGGCAGAAUUCCUCAAGGUGGCAGAGCAAGUUGGAAUUGAUCAGGGUGACAUUCCAGAUCUUACUCAGGCACCCAGCAGUUUGCUGGAAGCACUUGAACAGCACUUGGCAUCCCUUGAAGGGAAAAAAACAAAGGAGCUCUCAGCUGCUAGUCGAGCUAGCACCUUGUCCAGUGCGGUAUCUUCUCUUGCCACAACUGGUUUGUCUUUUUCAAAAAUGGAUGAAAAAGAGCGACUACAGGCUCUGGAAGAGGAACAAGCAAGGCUUCAAGCACUUAAGGAACAGCGUCUUAGGGAAAUUUCUGUAGUACCAAGUUCUACACCUGGAUCAACCUCACCAAGUACUUUAUCUGGAAAAAGUGUUAAUGCCACCUCAGCUGUUGAUUUGUUCUCAACACCUGCACCAACGACCAAUAGUAUGCCCAACCUUACGAGUGAUCUAUUCGACCUGCAGCCAGCAUUUGUACCAACAGUACAAAGCACUCCUGCUAUAGCGACAUCUACAAACAGCACAUGGGGAGGGCCCUUCUCAUCUUCAAAUGGAGUUAGUUCCCCACCACACCUGGACAUCUUUGACAUGCAACCAGUUGAAGAGGUUGUGAAGUCUACCCCUGCUUAUAGCACUGCUUCAUUUCCUUCAAAACCAACAAUGGGACUUGUUAGUGGUUUCCAACUUCAGCCCAGUGUACAGAACGCUUCCACAGCAAUGAAUGUGGAUUUUGAUGCUGUGUUUGGGGCAAAGUCUUCUUCUGUACAUGGAAGUAAUGAAACACCAGUUGCCUACUUUACAGAUGAUGUAUUGCAACCAACUAUCUCACAGCAAAAUCAAAGAUCUGUUGCAGCAGCCACACAGAGUGGAAAAUUUUUGCCAAAUGACCUUGAUUCCUCACUUGCAAACCUGGUUGGAAAUCUUGGUUUUGGAGGAACACCAUCAAAAAGGUCUGAUAUGCAGUGGAAUCAGCCUACAGAGAAAAGACUGACCGGUGGCACAAACUGGCAUGCAAGAACAAGCACUUCAACCACCUGGAAUCCUACACCUGUAGCAUCUGUACCUCAAAUGGUUCCUGCACCACUGAACUAUCCAGUUGCUACGCCUCAAGUGCCUGUGUAUGGAAUGGUUCCUACACAGAUUGGUCCAAAUCCUCUCAUGGUUUCUCAGCCGAUGAUUUAUACACAACCAGGAAUAAGACCCACCAAUCCAUUUGCACCUGUUUCUGGAGCACAGAUGCAAUUCAUGUAAAGAAGCCAAAGCAGCAAGGAGGCAUUGACAACCAAAAA